AAAACAAUCUCCAACCCUAAUUUUCCUACAUCAAAUGAUCUUUCUUCUCACCUUCCUCCACUCCUUCACCAUCACCCCCAUGUCUUAUAUAAAUACCAACAUCUCUCACACAAAACUUUUGCUACAAACCCAACACAGAAAUUCAAACACAGACACAAAUACAAAGAAGGUAGAAGAACUUUAGGUGUCAGAUACUAUUAGGUUAAGGUAGCUUUGAUUGAAGAAAGAUAUGGAAGUGGUGAUACAAAGUCCGAGUAGUCCAACUAUGGAUAAUUUCGAUUUUGGAAGCAACAUGGGUUCGAUCUAUCACAGUGUUCCUUCUUCGCCAAAAGGUUUUGGAAAUUACUUCUUGAGUGCACCGACCAGUCCUUCAAGGUUGUCUCAAUUGUACUCGGAGUUUGAAUAUUUUUCAUCCGCCGCAACCUCUUCAUUCGAAGCUGCUGCCGACAAAAUUCAUGAUGAAGAUGAUGAUGACGACAAAGAUGAUUACAGUUUCGCGUUUUCCGUGAGUCGUGAAUCCGACAAGUCUUCUCGUUCGGCGGAAGAGCUCUUCGACGGCGGAAAAAUCAAACCUUUGAAUGAAUCUCGCGAUUACAAGGAUCCUAAAAGUGAAGAAAGAAGAGGAAGAGGAAAAGAGAAGCUGCCGUCGUCGAGUUCGAACCGUAGGGUGACACGAUCGCACUCUCCUUAUAGAUGGGAAGUGGAAAAACAACAACUACAACAACAACCUAAGAGUAACAAAGAGGAAUCUAGCGUGUUGUCCUCGAGUUCUUCUUCGAAGGGUGGUUCAAAGAGGUGGUGGUUGACGGAUCUUUUGCUUUUUCGAAGUGCCUCUGAAGGGAGAGGGUCGGGCAAGGACCCGUUGAAGAAGUACUAUAAGAAGAAUGGUAACGAGGAGGUUAAAGGGUCGUCGAGUUUCAGAUCAUCGGAUUCGUCGAGAAGAAAGGGACAAGUUUCAGCUCAUGAGUUGCACUAUGCCAUGAAGAGAGCAGAGUCAAAGGAUAUGAAGAAGAGAACUUUCUUACCUUACAGACAAGGGAUUCUCGGAAGAUUGGCUGGUUUUGGAAUCUAGCUGCUUAUUACCAUCAUCAAGUUUCUUACGCAUUUCUUGGUUUUUUUCUUUUCGUAAAAAAAAAUGUUGUAUUCUUUUGUUGAAAUUGUAAUAUGAGAUAAGUGGGUUUAAGCUGUUUUAACCCGAUCAUUUCUCUUUCUUUUUUGUAUAGAUAUAAUUAUAAACGAUGUGAGCUGCAAUUU